AUGCUGCACAUCUGGCUUCUUCUCCUCUCCGGCCUCUGCCUCCACCAGUUCUUCCUCUGCAGGGCCGAGGAAGGUCUGGAGUUCCCCAACUUCGACGGGAAGGACAGAGUGCUGGACGUGAGCGAGCGCAACUACAAGAAGGCUCUGAAGAGGUUCGACCUGCUGUGUCUGUUCUACCACGAGCCGCUGCCGGCCAACAAGGGGCUGCAGAAGAGGUUCCAGAUGACGGAGCUGGUGCUGGAGCUCACAGCUCAGGUCCUGGAGAACAAGGACAUCGGUUUUGGGAUGGUCGACUCCCAGAGGGACGCCAAGGUCGCCAGAAAACUGGGUCUGGAGGAGGUCGGCAGCUUGUACGUUUUCAAGGACGACCGUGUCAUUGAGUUUGACGGCGAGCUCUCAGCAGACACACUGGUGGAGUUCCUGUUGGAUGUGCUGGAGGACCCGGUGGAAAUGAUCAACAAUGCCAUGGAGCUGCGAGCCUUUGAGAGAAUGGAGGAGGACAUCCGCCUCAUCGGCUACUUUAAGGGAGAAGACUCAUACUUCAGAGCUUUCCAGGAGGCCUCAGAGCGGUUUCAACCUUACAUCAAGUUCUUUGCUACAUUUGAUAAAUCUGUUUCCAAACAUCUCUCUCUCAAGAUGAACGAGGUGAAUUUCUACGAGCCGUUCAUGGAGGAGCCGGCCGUCCUGCCGGGCCGACCUCUGACAGAGAUGGAGAUUGUUGAGUUUGUGAACCAGCACCGAAGGGCGACACUGAGGAAGCUCCGGGCAGAGAAUAUGUUUGAGACGUGGGAAGACGACAUGGAUGGAAUACAUAUCGUUGCAUUUGCUGAGGAAGAAGAUCCUGAUGGUUAUGAGUUCCUAGAGAUCCUGAAAGACGUAGCCAGAGACAACACCAACAACCCAGAACUCAGCAUCGUGUGGAUCGACCCUGACGACUUUCCUCUGCUGACCACCUACUGGGAGAAAACCUUCAAGUUGGACCUGUUUCGUCCUCAAAUCGGUGUUGUCAACGUAACAGAUGCGGACAGCGUGUGGCUGGACAUGUCCAACGAUGAGGACUUGCCCACAGCGGAGGAGCUGGAGGACUGGAUAGAGGACGUGCUGUCAGGGAGGGUGAACACUGAGGACGAUGACGAGUCUGCCGAUGACCAGGAAGACUCUGACAGCUACGUCGAGGAGGACGACUACGAGAGUCAGGACCAAGAAGAUGACGAUGAAGAUUAA